UCCUUGAUUUGCAGAAGGCAUCUCAGAAUGUUGUGUCGAGCUGCUUUGAGCCCUCGUGUCCGUUCCUCUGGAUGGUGUUUUAUGUUAUCGACACGUGCCAUCGCAGCUGUUCCCCGUUUAUAUGUCCCUCGCCACAACCCAAGAUUAAGGAAUGAAUCCAUCCGGUUUUGGAGCAACAUCCCGUUUAUCACCAUGCCACUCAGCCGUGCCCAUGGGAAGUCGUUUGCACACCGCAGUGAGCUGAAGCACGCCAAGCGCAUCGUGGUGAAGCUGGGCAGCGCCGUUGUGACUCGCGGCGAUGAGUGUGGCCUGGCUCUGGGGAGACUGGCAUCUAUUGUGGAGCAGGUGUCAAUGCUGCAAAAUCAGGGCCGAGAGAUGAUGAUUGUCACCAGUGGUGCUGUAGCAUUUGGAAAGCAGCGGUUGCGUCACGAGAUCUUGCUUUCUCAGAGUGUGAGGCAAGCACUUCAUUCAGGACAGAGUCAGCUAAAAGAUAUGGCUCUUCCAGUCCUGGAGGCUCGAGCCUGUGCAGCAGCUGGCCAGAGUGGACUAAUGGCUCUGUAUGAGGCGAUGUUUACGCAGUACAGCAUCUGUGCAGCUCAGAUUUUAGUCACCAACCUGGAUUUCCAUGAUGAACAGAAGCGUCGGAACUUGAAUGGAACGUUGCAUGAACUUUUAAGAAUGAACAUUGUCCCAAUAAUUAACACUAAUGAUGCUGUUGUUCCACCUCCAGAGCCGAACAGUGACCUGCAGGGGGUAAAUGUGAUUAGUGUGAAGGAUAACGACAGUCUAGCAGCACGACUGGCUGUGGAAAUGAAAACUGAUCUCCUCAUUGUUCUCUCAGAUGUAGAAGGACUCUUUGACAGCCCUCCCGGAUCUGAUGAUGCAAAACUCAUUGACAUAUUCUACCCAGGAGACCAACAGUCUGUAACAUUUGGAACCAAAUCUCGAGUGGGAAUGGGAGGCAUGGAAGCCAAGGUAGAAAUAUGGAACAUUUAUUUUGUUAUUGGGGAGGAAAGGGAGAUGUUGGAAGCAGAGCUAGAUGACUGUGCUGCUGUUCAGGUGGAUCUUGACAGACUGCAGGAAUGGGCAGACAGGAACCUGAUGGAGUUCA